AUGGUUGAUAUUAUUAAUGAUCAUGACCAACUUUCUAAUCCAUAUGCUAUUCAACUAACAGAUGUAACUGUUCAUUUAGGUAAUAAAAAUGUUUUAAGAUCAGUUAAUCUUUCUAUUGAACAAGGUGGCAUUUUUGCUUUACUUGGUCCAAGUGGAUGUGGAAAAACAAGUUUAAUACGUACAUUAGUUGGUCGUUUACAUCCAACUAUUAAUCAUGAUAAAAGUUAUGGAACAAUAUCUAUUCUUGGUAAACAUACAUAUGCAUUUGGUCAACUUGUUGGAUUUAUGCCUCAAGAAAUGGCAUUACAUCCAACAAAUACAAUAAAUGAAGAACUUUUUUUCUAUGGUCGUUUAGCAAAUAUGUCUAGCGAGAAACUUCAACAACGAUGUGAAUUUUUAAUUAAUCUUCUUGAAUUACCAAAUCGAGAAAAAUUAAUUCGAAAAUUAAGUGGUGGACAACAAAGACGAGUUUCAUUUGCAAUUGCAUUAAUACAUGAACCAAAAUUACUUAUUUUAGAUGAACCAACUGUUGGUGUUGAUCCACUUUUAAGAAGAAAAAUUUGGAAACAUUUGACAGAGAUUACGAUCAGUGGUGAUAGAACUGCUAUUGUAACAACACAUUAUAUUGAAGAAGCUCGACAAGCAAAUAUAGUAUCUUUUAUGCGUCAUGGACAACUUUUAGAAACAGGUCGACCCAAUGAUUUAUUACUUAAAUAUGGACAACAAGUUGAAGAUGUUUUUUUUGAAUUAUGUGAAAAAGUUCAUAUAUUAGAAAUACAAAAUCAUGAACAAGAAAAGAAACAUCAUCAUAAAUCUUUAACUCUUACAAAUAAACUUUGCCAAACAACUGUAUCAUCAUCUCCCAAGAAAAAAUGUUGUACAUUUGGACUUCAUUCUUGUGCACGUCCAUCAUUUGGUCGUUCUCUAUAUGCAUUACUUAUAAAAGAUGUACUUAAAUUUCAACGAAAUCCAUUUAUGUUAAUGAUACAUCUUCUUGUUCCAAUUUUACAAAUUGCUUUAUUUUGUUUAUGUGUUGGACGAAAAUUAAGUGAUAUUCAAGUUGGAUUUAUUUCACGUGAAGUAAUUCGAUCAAGUUCUACUACUGGAUUAAUAUUAGAUAAAAUUGAUAAAAAUGUUCUUAAUUUAAUUGAAUAUAAAUCGAUAAGUGAUGCUCAAUAUAUGUUUAAAUCAGGAUGUUUAUCGGGAAUUAUUGAUAUUGGUGAAAAUUUUAGUAAAGAAUUUCUUCAGAAAAUCGAGGAAUGCUCAUUAUCUGAUGAAAAUAAAUAUAAUGAUUCACAAAUGUUAUUAUAUGUCGAUCAAACAAAUCGACAAAUGAUUUACACAAUUGCUGAAGAAUUUUUACGAGUUUUUAAAAGUGUCGAUAUAGAUUAUCAUCUAGGACUUUGGACAUCUACAUCUUCUGAUAAAACAUUAUUUAAAUUAGGACAAUUUGAAAAUAAUCAAUCUGAUUUUGAAUAUACUUUUACUCAUUUUAUGGUUCCUGGUAUUAUUCUUUCUGUGAUCUUUUUUUUAAAUGUUGCUCUUACUGCUCUUUCACUUGUUAUUGAACAAAGUGAUGGAACACAAGAUCGUGUAUGGAUUACAGGUGUAAAAUCCAACGAAAUUAUAUUAAGUCAAUUAAUUAUUCACUCAAUAAUACUUAUUAUUCAGAUAACUAUUAUUCUAUUUACUACUUUAGUCAUUUUUAAAUUUCCAUUACGAGGUAGCUUAGUACUUAUAUCAUUACUCUGUAUUAUACAAGGAUUUUGUGGUAUGACAUUUGGAUUAGUGAUAUCGACAAUUUUUACAACAGAAGUUAAUGCUCAUCAAGUAACUAUGGCGGCUUUUUAUCCCGUAUUACUUCUAAGUGGUAUUGUUUGGCCUCUUGAAGGACAACCGAUAUGGAUUCGUACAAUUACAAAAUGGUUACCAAUGACAAAAGCAAUCGAAGCGAUGCGUGGUAUACUCUUAAGAGAAUGGAAUAUGAAUUAUUUAAUUGUACAACAAGCAUUUGCCGUUACAUUUAUUUGGACAAUGUUGUUUCUUAUUUUAACACUUGUUAUUUUUAAUUAUCGUCGUUUAUAA